AUGCCUGACGCUCGACUCUCUAUAUCAUCCCUGACCAAUCAGGAGCCCACCAAGGCCUCUUGUACCGGAUCUUGCCACCAGCAGAUACUCCCAGACCACCAUUACCCUCACACCCCCCCAUCUCCUUCCGACGACGAGCAUUCCCCCAGUCUGAAGAAGCGACGAACCAACUCGGGCUCCUCGCAAGACCUCCACUACCCUUCCACCCAGCAUGUUCCCGUUUCCAACUGCCGAACGUGUACCCUUCCCAGUGUAGUUGGCCUAGGUCUGCCUAACCCUUCGCAUCAGCAUCAGCAACACCAGCACCAACACCAACACCAACACCAACACCAGCUGCAGAACCAACACCAGCACCAGCAUCCUCCGUCUCCUUCGCCCUCUUCGCCUGAGACUGAGGCACGAAUUCCCUCUCCUGUGGCUCUUCUGACUUCGCUCGCUCAGCCUCAUGUAUUCCCUACUACUUACCGAGCCCCCGCUCCUCAGCCCAACAUGGGCUAUUACGCCCCUCAGGUUCCUCAGAUGCCCCAGGUGCCUCAGAUGGGACAGGUUCCCCAGUACUACCCUCCCCAGCAGCAGUACUACUACCCCACUUCCAUUCCCCAGCCUAUGCCCCAUCCUACAAGAAGAAAGAAGCAGUGUCCUCAGUGCCUGAAGUUCUUCUCUAACCUCGCUACCCACAAGUCUACGCAUCUCAGCGAGGUGGCCCGACCACACACUUGUACCGAGUGUGGACGAGGAUUUGCACGACCCAAUGACCUCUUCCGACAUCUGAAAUCACAUCGGGGUGACGCCCCAUUCCGAUGUCCUUUCUUCAUGACCAAGGAGCAUCAGGAUGACAAAAAGGAGCCUCUGUGCCACCAGACCGGAGGCUUUUCGCGCUGCGAUACUUACAAGAACCACCUCAAGGCCAUGCACUUUGAGUACCCUGUGGGCACCAAGAAGAAGGAUCGAAACGGCCAGAGCGGCUGUUGUCGAGCCUGUGGAAUGCAUUUCGACAAUGUCGAUGAUUGGGUAUCUUCCCACGUGGAGACUCGGCAAUGCCGAUUUUUCCAGUAG